UUUCUUUGACGUUUUAUUAACCGCUUUUUGUGUAAUUUAUAGCGUAGUGUUGUAUGUGUUUUCCUCUACGGUGACUGUCAAAAGGAGUGAUUUAUUCGGCAGGUUACGGUCGUCUGUUCAUGCUAUGCAGGCUAACUGCACAGCCCUGCAAAGUAAAGGAAAGGGAACAACGGAAGCCUUUACCCGCUGUGAAGUGACCGACUGCCUCAUCCGGACCGUAUCCUACCACACCUCUUCUUCCACAAGCCCCCUCGACUGCUGGACCCUGUCCGGGGGACUAUUUGGGAGCGGUUAACUUAAAUUGAUUCACAACCGGAAUGGAUUUUGAAAAAAUAAAAACCUAAGCUUUAAGAGUGGGUUGCUGUCCCCCCCCCCCUUUAAAACAACAACAACAACAACUUGCUGCUGGAGUUUUCCAACUUGUGAGAAAGGUCGAAGUCUUUGUGGAGAGGAGCAAACUUGGAAUUUUUGAGCAUGGAUCAAGCGAGCGGCGGGGAUGACCCGAAUAAACCCUCCAAAAAGAAGUCCGGCGAGGACGAGGGGAAAAACAAAAAGCUGAACAUACACAUAAAAACAUUGGCUGAUGAUAUGCGCGAUCGCCUCACCAGUUUCAGGAAAACCGGGACGAAGAAGGAGAAGCCCCUCAUACACCACCCAACGGACCCCCUCUCCAUCCAGGCCGAGCUGCCAGUCCCACAGCCUUUUUCCGACGACCGCUCCUUGAACCUCUCGGAAAAGGAGAUCAUUGACCUCUUCGAGAAGAUGAUGGAGGACAUGAACCUGAACGAGGAACGCAAAGCCCCUCUGCGCGGAAAGGACUUGAGCACCAAGCGCGAGAUGGUGGUCCAGUACAUCUCCGCCACGGCCAAAUCUAUAACUGGGAGCAAAGUUGCGGGUGGACUAAGGAACAGCAAGCAUGAGUCUACACUUUCCUCCCAAGAAUAUGUCCACGAGCUGCGUUCAGGCAUCACGGAGGAGAAGCUGCUCAAUUGCCUGGAGUCCCUCCGAGUGUCUCUCACCAGCAACCCCGUCAGUUGGGUCAACAAUUUCGGUCAUGAGGGUCUCGGUCUUCUUCUGGAUGCGUUGGAGAAGCUGCUUGACAAGAAGCAGCAGGAGAAUAUUGAUAAGCGUAACCAGCACAAACUUAUCCAGUGUCUGAAGGCUUUCAUGAACAACAAGUAUGGGCUGCAAAGGAUCCUGGGAGAUGAGCGCAGCCUGUUGCUGUUGGCAAGAGCGAUUGACCCCAAACAGACCAACAUGAUGACCGAGACUGUCAAAAUCCUCUCUGCUUUCUGCAUAAUUGGAGAAGAAAAUAUCCUGGAUAAGAUUCUGGCUGCCAUGACAAUUGCUGCGGAGAGGAACAAUAAAGAGAGAUUUGCUCCAAUUGUGGAAGGACUGGAGAACCACGAGGCUCAGCAGCUUCAGGUUGCCUGCAUGCAGCUGAUCAAUGCGCUCGUCACCUCCCCCGACGACCUGGACUUCCGGAUACAUCUACGCAACGAGUUUUUAAGAUGCGGCCUCAAGAAGAUCCUACCUGAGCUGAAAGAGACAGAGGAGCUAGACAUCCAGCUGAAGGUGUUCAAUGAGAACAAGGAGGAGGACUCUAUCGAACUCUCCCACCGCCUGGAUGACAUCCGAGCGGAGAUGGAUGAUAUGAACGAAGUGUACCAUCUCCUGUCCAACAUGGUGAAAGACACGGGCUCAGAGGCCUACUUCCUGUCCAUCCUUCAGCACCUUCUGCUCAUCAGGAACGACUACUACAUCAGGCCUCAGUAUUACAAGGUGAUAGAAGAAUCUGUGUCUCAGGUGGUUCUGCACCGCAAUGGCAUGGACCCCGACUUUGGCUACAGCAAAAGACUGGACGUGGACUUCACCCAUCUGAUUGAUCAGUGUGUGGAUAAAGCCAAAGUGGAAGAAAGUGAGCAGAAGGCUGCCGAGUACUCCAAAAAGUUUGAUGAGGAGUUCAGUGCACGGCAGGAGGCCCAGGCCGAGUCUCAAAAGAAGGAAGAGAGAAUCAAAGAGCUGGAGGGGAAGAUCCAGGCUCUGGAGUCCCAGUUGACUAUUGAAAGAGACCAGCUCAAAGCGGCUCAGAGACUCAUUGGGGAAUCUGAAGCCAAGAUGGCAGCGGGUCCGGCCGCGCCCGGAGCACCACCUCCACCACCCCUGCCGGGGGGUGGUGGUGCGGCGGGUCCACCUCCUCCCCCACCUCUGCCGGGCGGCUGUCCGCCCCCACCUCCGCCGCCACCUCCUCCGCUCCCGGGCCACGCCGGCAUCCCGCCGCCACCUCCGCCGCCUCCUCCGCCCCCCGGCGGAGGACCUCCGCCUCCUCCACCGCCACCUGGGUGCGGGCCCCCACCGCCUCCGCCUUUCUUCGGGGGACCGGGCGGUCCUCCGCCCCCGGCCCUGGCGUUGCCCGUCGUCAAGCUGCCUUACGGUCUGGAACCCAAGAAGAUCUACAAGCCUGAAACCGUGAUGAAGAGGGUGAACUGGACCAAGAUAGUGCCUCAGGAAAUGGCGGAGAAUUGCUUCUGGAUCAAAGUCAAAGAAGAGAAGUUUGAGAAUCCUGACCUAUUUGCUCAGCUCUCCCUCUGCUUCUCGUCGCAGAGCAAAGUGAAAAAAGAUUUGAAAGAGGAGAACGAUGACAGAAUGCAACACAUCAAGAAAAAGGCAAAAGAGCUUCGGAUCCUGGAUUCCAAAACUGCCCAGAAUCUGUCUAUUUUCUUGGGCUCGUUCCGCCUGCCUUAUGAAGAGAUCCGGGACAUUGUGCUGCAGGUGGAUGAGGAGAGACUGAGCGAAUCACUCAUCCAGAACCUGAUAAAGAACCUGCCGGAGCAGAAAGAGCUGAAUGCGCUUGCGGAACUAAAGGGUGAAUAUGAAGAGCUAGUGGAGUCGGAGCAGUUUGGCAUUGUGAUGAGCUCAGUAAAACUCCUGCGACCACGUCUCAACGGCAUUCUGUUCAAACUGACAUUUGAGGAGCAGGUGAAUAACAUCCGGCCAGACAUCAUGAACGUGACAUUUGCCUGCGAGGAGGUGAAGAAGAGCGAAAGCUUGUGCAAACUCCUGGAGCUGGUGUUGCUGGUCGGCAAUUACAUGAACGCAGGCUCGAGGAAUGCCCAGACGUUUGGUUUCAACAUCAGCUUCCUGUGCAAGCUACGAGACACUAAAUCCAUCACUCAGAAUACGACACUUCUGCAUUUCCUCGCUGAGAAGUGUGAGGAGAGUCACCAAGAGAUUCUGAGGUUUCCAGAUGAACUGGAGCACGUGGACAGUGCCAGCAAAGUGUCAGCCGACAUCUUAAAUAGCAGUUUGGCCACCAUGGAACGUCACAUCCAGAGGCUUGAGAACGACAUCCAGAACUUUCCCAAAACCGACGACCAACAAGAUAAGUUUGUGGAAAAGAUGAUGGACUUCUCCAAACAUUCACGAGAGCAGUAUGAAAAACUGUCCACGAUGCACAAGAACAUGCAGAAGCUCUACGAGAGCAUCGGCAGCUACCUCGCCUUUGACCCCCACUCCGUCAGCGUGGAGGAUUUCUUCGGAGAACUGGCCAACUUUCGCAUCCUCUUUAUGGAAGCAGUGAAGGAGAACCACAAGAAGAGGGAGAUGGAGGAGAAGAUCAAGAGAGCCAAGCUGGCGAAGGAGAAAGCCGAGCGGGAGAAGCAGGAGCGGCAGCAGAAGAAGAAGCAGCUGAUUGACAUGAACAAAGAAGGCGAUGAAACCGGUGUGAUGGAUAGCCUGAUGGAAGCUCUGCAGUCCGGAGCCGCCUUCCGCGAUCGGCGAAAACGCACGCCGCGUAACGGUGAUCAAAGCCCUUCCAGUCCAUCCUCUCGGUGGCCGGGUGCUAACUAUGGUAACAGAACCCUAGACAACCGCCGCGCAGUCCUGGAAAGGUCUCGUUCCCGCCACAACGCAAAUCACCAAGCUCGAUGAUCACCCAAGCCUGCCGCAAGACGCUAGAUAAGUGCCAAAGAGGCCUGCGAGGUGGAGAGCGGGAUGACAUCGGAAGCAAGGACAGCCGUCACUGUAGCGCGUACUCACACACACACACACACACGCGCACACACACACACACACAACUAUGGAACAAACGAUACCUAAACAAUCCACUUAGAAUGGAAGCAUUUACAGUACAUCAUAUACAUUUCUCAUGUUAAUUCAUCUGAUGCCUUACAUAUUUAUUCAAAACGCUCUAUGGAAAUGUUCAUGUCCUGUCUUGCUGGUUUUGAUUUAUAAAAAAAAAAAACAUUUUUUAGGGCUGCUGCUGUUUAAGAAAAAAAAAAGGUUUGCAGUGCUUGGAAUUUUAUUUAGAUUCAUGUAACUCUUUCUUCUGAGUUGCAGUUUGAGAGAGAGAGUUUUUUGAUCAUGAACAUUCUUUAAGGAUACUCAUCACCCUGAGAAACGUACGACACACAGUAAAUUCAGCCAAUGGACACAAGGCCAGCGGAGCAUUGAAAGAAAGAUGAUGCUGAAGCUUUCUUCAACAUUUUGCUGAACUCUUCCCGGAAGAAGGAGCGUUUGCUAAUGAUGUUUAUUUUUUAUUUUCAUGUCAAUUCCUCUUUCAUCCAACAUCAAGACAAUUGGACUAGCAAAUGUACAAAGAGUCCAUGAGAAUAAUUACUCAUUCCAUAUUCCACAUAAGCCGCGAGAGCUUCCCCCCGUCUGCACCAAUAUUUCAGAGCCGGUGACUCACGGGUCUCAAAACUGUAAUCUCCAUCUUGACGAGAUGCUUUUUAUUUUUAGUUGUGUAAUAUCUGACCGAUGCCUCCAGGUGCUGAUCCCUGUCCCAAGGUCGCUUUUGCUGUUAACAUGAGAGAGUGACACAUUUCUAAAUGCAUAUAACUGCCGAGAGGAGCAGUUUUUUUUUUUGACAUUUCCUGCAGUCACACAGGUUUUUCAGUGGGGGCACGUUCACCGUGCAAUUGUAUGACAACUAUUUAAAAUAUGAAUCUAUUUCAAUCCUUGCAUAUAUACAUCAAUAUGUAUAUAUAUACAUAUUGGCUUUGAAUAAAUGUGAUUCUGAUCGAUUUGAAGCGAAUCUAACCAAGGUUAGAUUCCUGAACUGUAAGCAGAUGCUACUAAAAACAACCACUGAAUCCAAGUGGGCACGACCCGAAUAUUUGACUACGGGGCAAACAUCUCUGCUUUAGGCUUUUGUGUCUAUGUAUGCUUGUGUUUGGCCAAGAGUGUGUGUGUGUGUGUGUGUGUGUGUGCGCGCGCCAAUGCCAGCUCAAUAAUCCGACAGGAACCCAGACAAAAUAGGAUUCAGUGUGCUUGACUCCAUGGCUGAAUAGAUGGAGGUUUUUCAUUUAAACAAUCUGCCAGUCCUGCUUGUGAUGUGUCUGUUUCAUGACGCCUCGCUUCCCAGCCUGCAUGCUUUUAAAAAGGCAAUUUUACACAUCAUCUCGGCUCAAGGUGCACGGAGGAAACUGCAUUUUUCAGGCAGACAAUAAUUCUCCCGCGAAUAUAAGGUCGGAGCACAGAGGAAGUGAGGUAUGAGGGAUCCUUGGUUGGAUAGGAGGUUUAAGGGUGUGUAGUAUACCGAAAGGAUAAAGACGUGUAAUGAAAGGCACUGAUUUCACAACUCACCCUCUGCCCUCAACACCGUCACACCUGUACAGCUGAGUAUCAAAUAUCGGUUCUCCUUCAACACCCACGUUGUUUUCCCCGUUGAUCGGAUGCCAAAACAAACGGGACCUUUGUGUUUUACAAUUUGACUCAAAACUCUUAUCUUGAUUAGUAAAUGGAAUUAGAUGUGUUUUCAUACGUGCCAAUUCUUUGGGGGGGUGGGUACACAGUUCUCACAGCAAAAUGAAAGAAAAAUGUUUUUCUUUAUUUUGUUUUUUAUAAGCAUUUUUUUGGCAAAGUCUGGGAACGAGUUGUACAGGAAUACCUUUUCCUCUUUUUUUAUUCCAACCAUUGUUUGAUUAACAUCCAUUUUUGGAACCGAAAGUAGGACAACUUAAUAAAAAAAAAAAAGAUAAACAUGUGAUACUCAUCUUUUGAAAGAUGUAACUCAUUUUGGAUGUCAUUGUAAAACAUAAUGAACGAAGAGCAGCCAUUGUAGAAGGUCACAUCAUGUAUCUCUGCUGCAAAACAUUUCGUCCCUGUAAGUGAGUGUUGUCCCCCUCCCCCUCCCCCCCCCCCCCUCCUCCAUUUCAUCUUUUAGGAUAAUUAGUAAGAAUUCUGUGUUUGUAUAGGAAAUAGCACGAGUGCUUCAUGUCAAAGAACUUGAAUUGAUUCAUUAUCGGCUUUAAACGGGCCGAUCAUCCCAUUGUAUUUUUGCUUGUGACUAACAAACCUGGUCAUAUGACUCGUGCUCAUGGUAUUUGUAAGAAUGAGGAGGCAUGGGGUAGGAAUUAUUCAUCAUAAAACUGUAAACAAUGCCAUUUUGUUGGCGAUUGGUGACAAUGACGAAGUGAUUUACUUUAAGAGAAAAGUUUGCAGUCCAACUUACAGUCGAUGACUGUACACUUUACCUCACAGGAUGUUCUGCUCAGGCACGAGGAACAGUCGUCUGACAUGUUUGAACGCAACAUUGUUACUAACACAGUGAAAUAUUGUAUAACGUAUUUCCUUUGGUAAAUAGUUCCAGCUGCCACAUAUCCUACAUUGUGAGCGCUUACUGUUGAUUUGUGGAAGACCUAUUGUGGCUGAAUAGCUUCCAUAUCCCUGCCUACCCUCCUAGUUGUCAUUGAGUAUGGUUUUUUUUUGUCUUGAGAAACAUUUAUAUUUGUAACAUUUUAAGUUAAAUUGUAUCCUUAAGACCAUGAAAACAAACUGGUUAUGGUUAUGCACAUUGUCCUAUCUUAGAAUAUGUAAUGGAAUAUGAUACUAAAUAAUAACCACUUUGUUAUAUAAACUGAUUUCUGAACGA